AUAACGGACCCCGCAGUAAAACCUCUAACAUCCUGACAGCUGAUCAUCAUACUGUAGCCUGCUUAACACUGGCUUUAAAAUUCAACAAUAUCAUACAUUAAAUAUGUACUAAACAAGGUCGGAUACUAUUUUUCCAAAUGUCGGAGCGUAUGAAGAAGAGGUCUGGUUGGAAUUCAUUGGAUUUUUAGUUCCUUAGUGCUAUUUUAGUAUGUAAUAGCUGCAGCUAGCGGGCAUUUGUUUACAUUAGCUAACCCAGUCGCUACAUAGAGUUAGCGAGCUAGCAUUCCUAGCGUUUUCACAGUUUUGUACAUUUAUUUUUCGCACAACCGAAUUGUUUUCAGUGACAGUCGCGCAUUGCUAUAGUUGCUAUUGAGCUACGGUGUUUAGCUAAGUGUUGGCAUUAAUCUUGGUGGCUGUUGAAAACUUUUGCGGACUGUUUGGCGCUGGGUUGGGGAUCUGCUGCCGUGUGCAGUAUGGGGAUGUGUCUGCCCUGCCUGGGUGGAGCUGCGGACGACGUCGUAGUAACUCCCGAUCCGGAAACAAAAAGGCGACAGCUGGCAGAAGCUGCAGAGAAGCGACAGAAAGAGAGCACACAGAGAGGCAUCAAGAACCCAGAAGCAGUGGAAAAGAAAAAGAAGAAGCAAGAGGAGAUGGAAAAGCAGGCGAUGAGCACAUCACCAUCUGGAAGCGGAGGACUUAGGUGGCAGGUUGGCUAGCACAAGAUGAAGAGAAGACAACCGGUGUCAACUCUGAGGCUCAGCCCGCAUGAGCAGUGUUAACCAUCCAAAUGAGAAGGCUGUAUUUUUUUCUUUCUUGAAAUCUAAGCUUUUUGGGUCGGUGUUUGUAGCAUAUAGACAUUUUGCCAAGCUUCCUGCAAAGGACAUCUGAUAGGAUGGAGCUCUUUGGAGGUCACGCUUACUUUAUCAUGCUGAGAUGCAAUGUGCCAACCAGCGGAACACAGACAUCACCAAAGCAGCAGUGUGUCUUUUAAUACACUUGUUUAUGCAUCACUACUGAGAGACAUGGCAAGUUGACAAAUCAUCCGACAGGAUGCUAAUGAAGAAGGGUCCUUUAUUUUUUAAAUAGUAUAAACGGUUGAGAGGAAUGCAACACUAGUACACAUUUAUAUCACAUUUUGUAAUGGAUUGAUGUAAGGCAUUUGGCACAUUCUGUUAGCCACACUCAUAUAUUUUAGAGUUAAGUUAUACUUUGCUACGUUUUGGUUUGAGGACUAUAGUGCAAUAUAAUUAUUUGUUCUGUCAGGAUUGAACAGAAUGUUGAAGCUAAGAAUGAAUACUCAUCUAUUUGAUAUUUACCAUUACAAACCCAUCUACAGAACAAUAUUAGUAAUGAAUGUUCUUGUUUUAUUAUACCGGUGGUAAACGAAGGUCACUGGUUAUUCUUGUGUUGUGUUGAUUUACUCAGAUGUAGGGCAGCAUAUUAUGACCCAACAGCCAUAAUAGUGUCAGUUCCCUAGUGUGUGAAAUAAGGCAGUGUCAUAGUUUAGCUCGCUCAGCUAUAGUGCUCCUCUCAUGUGUAACCGUCUUACUGUGUCAUUGAAAGCCAGGCAGAGAACUGAGCUGUAGUUUUUCUAUUAACAUGAGAUUUUUAAAGAAAGGCUUAUAAAAUAUCUUUACUACCAAAGCUCAAUGUGCUUGCCGUUUUUCCCCAAACCCUGAAAUCCCAGCCCUCACCAUCUGAAGGGUAUAAGGCCCCUGUGUUAGUUUAAUGGGCUUGAAUAAAUCUUCAUUUCAUCCGA